AUUCCAAGAAGAUCUUGUCAAUCCCGCAAACAUCAUGAUAUGCACAACAACCACUAGCGGCAGCUCCAGUGCUUCAACCUCAUCGUCAUCACAACCGAGCUUCAUGGGUGAAACGGCUUUCUUCCCGGAGAGAUGUCUUUUCUGCAACAAGAACAGCGAUGACUUUCAGAUUAACAUGCUGCAUAUGAAGACAGCACACGGUCUGUUUAUUCCAGAUAAGGACAAUCUUUUAGUCGAGCUUGAAGUCCUCAUUGAGUACCUUCAUCUUGUUAUCCACGGCUACAAUGAGUGCAUAUGCUGCGGCACGCAGCGCAAUAGUACGCUGGCGGUACAGCAGCACAUGGUUGGAAAAAGCCAUUGUCGCUUCGACAUCGCAGGGGAAGAGUCCGAGUUCGCCGACUUCUGGGACUUGUCCAGAGCCGAGAGUGGUUCGGACGACUCCGACGAAGAAGAGAGCACAACGAAAGAAGGGGGAAGAAGGAAAGGCCCGGGGGAUGCAAUCCACUUGGAUGGAGAUUCGCUCAGGCUGCCCUCUGGGAAGUUGGUCUCCAAACACUCGAUAUCACAACAAUAUCAGCGGCGAGCCGAGGCCCAAAAACACAAAGCGGCCAUCGAAGGAAGACGGGAGACCACCACACAACCAAAGGAUCCGACCUCGUCCACAGCGCUUAUUGCCAGUUCUACCGGCGGGCAUAAAAGGCCCACGAAAAGCGAGAAGAGGGAGCAGGCAUUCACCACCCAGCUGUCACGCCUGAGUGACAACGACCGGAAGAGCUUGAUGCACCUGCCGGCCUCCGAGCAGCGGUCAGUUCUCAGUACGCAGAAGAAGCAAGAAGAGAAGGUGAAGCGUGCCGAGAGGAGAUACCAGAGUCGGGUGGAAGGGCUUGGAAACAAGACUUUACAAGCACACUUUAGGCCGGAU